GAAGACGUGUGUCAAAUUCAGUGAACACCCCACAGUAGCCAUGAUGAUGACUUCAUCUUCUUCUUUUUCAGCUAAAAUGGUAAUUAUAAGGCCUCACCGCCAUCAACACCAUCUGUCUAAAUUCUUGCCAUUUUCUUUGAGUAACAAAACAAUCCCCACUUUCUCUCCUUAUUUUUCUUCAAUUUCAAUAAAUUCAUCUCAUUCUUCCAAUUCUCAUUUUUCUUUACCAAAAACCUUAGAAGAAAAGCAACAAGAGGAUUUAACACUUGAUGAUAUCUGCAGACCCCAUGUUCCUCAUCAUAUUUUGCGCAGGGUUGGGGAAGUAGGAUACCUAAUGCCUACAGUGAUUCAGAGACAAGCUCUACCAGUCCUAUUCAGUGGACGGGAUUGUAUUCUUCAUGCCCAGACAGGUUCAGGGAAAACCUUGGCAUACCUGCUGUUGAUAUAUUCAGUGAUAAACAUACAAAGAUCAGCAGUACAAGCACUGAUUGUGGUGCCAACUAGGGAACUUGGCAUGCAAGUUGUGAAGGUAGCUCGCAUGCUGGCUGCAAAAUCCGAUGAAUCUGUAACAGAGGAUAAAUCAUGCACUAUUAUGGCUCUUCUAGAUGGAGGAACUUUAAGGAGACAAAAAAGUUGGUUAAAGGCUGAGCCCCCAACGAUAGUUGUUGCAACAAUCGGAAGCUUGUGCCAAAUGCUAGAAAAGCAGAUGAUCAAACUAGAAUCAAUGAAAGUUCUAGUAAUUGAUGAGGUUGAUUUCAUGUUUAAUUCUUCGCAUCAAGUUAGUUCUCUUCGAAAGUUAUUGAUAUCUUACACGUCAAUCCACAAUCGCCAAACAAUUUUUGCUAGUGCAUCAAUUCCCCAGCACAGGCGCUUUUUAUAUGACUGUAUACAGCAGAAAUGGACCAAGGCUGAUGUUGUCCAUAUCCAUGCCAACCCUGUUCAGCCAAUGCCUCCACGUGUACAUCACAGAUUUCUGAUAUGCAGUAGAAGUGAGAGACAUUCAGCACUGUUGUCCUUGUUGCGAGCCGAUGUACCUCAGUCUGCCAUAAUUUUCGUCAAUGAACAGUCAGAGAAGUCCAAGAAGGCUGGAAAUGCUCCUGCAACUACUGUUGUAGUUGAUGCACUGAAGAAUUCACAUGUAAGAAGUCAUGAAGUUCUGCUUUUAGAGGAAAAGUUAAACUUCAACUCUAGAGCAGCGUCUUUUUCUGAACUGAGACAAGGAGGAGCAUACCUUCUGGUGGCAACUGAUAUAGCAGGUAGAGGUGUUGACCUUCCUGAUACAACCCACAUAUACAACUUUGACUUACCAAAAGAUGCCAUUCACUAUCUACAUCGAGCUGGAAGAACGGGUAGAAAGCCAUUCUCAGAAAGUACAUGUUUUGUUACCACCAUUAUAACACCAGAGGAACGGUUUGUAUUGCAAAGAUAUGAAAAUGAAUUGAUGUUCCAAUGUAAUGAGCUGUUUCUGUAAGUAAUUUUGCUUUUUUGGUUUAAUAAAAUGUAAUCGGUUUCUA